UUUCAAGUAGGGUCAGAAGGAUAAUAGAUACCAGAGCAUUGAACCAUGGCGGUCAUUCAAAAUAUGGACGCGGAAUUUCUGGUCUACUAAUGAAUGUCACGAGCCAUCAUAAUUACACCUGAGGAUGCUCAUACCAGAAGACCAACUAUGGAUGGUUAUCGUCGGAUUCAUAAUUGCAUUUGUUUUGGCUUUUGGAAUUGGUGCAAAUGACGUCGCUAAUACCUUCGGGUCAAGUGUUGGAUCCGGCGUCCUGACGCUGAAGCAGGCAUGCACACUUGCAACAAUAUGUGAACUUCUUGGUGCGCUACUUUUGGGCUCCAGAGUUUCAAGUACUAUUCGUAAAGGCAUCGUGGAUACGUCACUAUUUGAUACAGUCGAUAACGGUACAGAAAAGUUGAUGGCUGGCCAGGUAGCUGCGCUCGGUGGGUCCUGCAGUUGGCUUCUAGUUGCCACGUUUUUCCGCCUACCUGUCUCCGGGACACACAGUAUUGUCGGGGCUACUGUUGGUUUCAGUUUGGUUCUUUUCGGAGUUCGUGCAAUUCGUUGGGCCGGACUUGGCAAAGUUGUUGCAUCUUGGUUUCUGUCUCCGGUACUCAGUGGGCUGCUCUCGGUUGGCAUCUUUGCAAUCAUCCAAGCCCUGGUAUUGGCGAAGGAGGAAUCCUUGGAGCGAGCAGUGAAUGUACUUCCUGGAUUUUAUGGCUUUAUGGUUGUGAUUAACUUGAUCACCAUUUUAAUUGACGGGUCUGAAGUCUUUCAGUUCAACAAAGUACCCAUUUACGGAAUGUUCAUCAUCAGCUUCGGUUGCGGAACGAUCACUGUGAUAUGCAUCAAGUUUAUUUUCGUUCCAUACCUCAGAAGACGGAUAUUAGCUGGGGAAAAUGCUGGACCCGGAUUAGGUGCUAGAUUAUCCAGGAAGCUUGGAUUCAUGAAACUCAGUCACUUGUAUCAGUCAUUACGACGCAAGAAAAAACACAAAUCGUGCGCAACGAAUGAGAGAACAUCUCCACAAACGUUGGACCAAACAAUUUCAACGCUAAGACAUUCUGCGGAUCACAAUUGGGAUGGUAGGAAGAUGCAUUCUUUAGAGCUUCACGAAAACAUUGGUACUAAUAGCAAUGCAAAUGGCAUUGCAGUUCAAAUGGUACAUUGUCAACACCCGUUUGAUGACAACGGCUGGCAACAACGACCCAGAAGUGAGCAAUCUAUUCGAAUGUUGAACAAAAAUUUUCCUUUUACCUACUGUUUUUCUCAAAAUUACAGUAGCAACGGCGCGCUACGUUUUUUGUCUGAAGGAAGUGUGCUUACCAGUUUCGGUAAAGAUAGUGGUUACAGCGUCACUACAGAGUUGGUUAACUGCACUUUCCCGGUGUAA